AUGGGUCGUAGACGAAGGGACCUUCCGUCGAAGGAGAGUCGUAGGGCGAACCGUGCGGGACCUGCGGCUAGGCAGUUCAACCGCUUGUUGGCACCGCUUGGAAUGCGACUGCUGCCUGUGCCUGGAGAUGGAAACUGUUUCUUUCGCGCAUGUGCUGUUCAGUUUCAGAUUCUAGGUCGGAAUCAUGCCCCUCGAGACAUUUGCGACCAUAUGAAACUACGACAACGGGUGUGCGACUACCUGUGUGAAAACCGCAAGGUCUACGCACCCUACCUGGAGGCGGAGGCACUAGGAACCGGCUGCAACGCAGUUGUCGACUUUGACGGGUACGUGAAAAAGAUGCGUGUCGACGGGGUCUGGGCUGGCCAUCUCGAGGUUCACGCCCUGAGCGCAAUGCUCGAGUCGGAGAUGAUCAUUUAUCUUCUGGACGCGCCGUCGUACCGUAUCCGUCACUCAGACGGCCCCGUCCAGCGGGUGCUUCGGCUUGCUUACUACGAAAAUCAGCAUUACGACGCCGUCUUGCCAACAGAUAUCCAACACCCUGGAGCAUCAACGGAUAUGGCAACGAGUCACGUCCCGAGUUCGAGUCGGAUACGCGACGCGCGCUCGCGGAAAAGCCGCCGAGGAUCGGCGCGAUCGCCCGGCAUGCGGAGCCUGCCCAGCAUGCCAUCAUCUUCACACGAGACUGAUCUGCGCCUCGUUGAACUUUGA